CAUGAUAUUUUAACUGUCCAGUGUGUACGUGUACGGAUAAGCGUUUCUAAGAUGGCUGAAGCAGUUGUGAACAACGAUGAACAUGCUGCAUAUUUCGAGGAUGUAGUAGCCAGACUCACUGAUGCUUUUCCAAAAUUAAGUCUCAAGGUAAUACGGAAGGUUGUGGCUAGUUGCCGUAGGGACAUUGUUCAGAUGGUCAUACAGUUGACAGCAAUUGAGGUCGAUGAGCAGCGCAAAGCGGAAAUUAUAGAAUCAAGAGCACUUAUGCCUGAAACAGAAGAAGCUUCAACUACAGCAGUACAUCAAAAACGAGGUACUUCGAUAAAGUCACAAGUGAAGAAAUACACCAGUGGUGUCAAGAUAGAGGAGUUCUUGGCAAUGUUUCCGAAUCCAGAAGAGACAUUCCGCAAUCCGGAGCGAGGGGAGGACGUUCUUGAUAUGACAACCGUAGCUUAUGUUGAAUGUUUCUUCAUGAAUAAGUACCCAUCCAUCUACAAGACCCACAUUUCGUUUUUGCUAUAUCAGGGAUCUACGAGGCAACCAAAGUGCAUAAGUCUACUUAAGAUGGAUGAGGAGUUGCAGAAGGCAGAGCAAAAAGGUGAGCAAGUUAUGAAGUGCCGUCGAAAACCAACAACUAUGAGGGUUGAUCCAGGCGAAGACAUUCGACUUUUACAAGAGCUUGCUUACUUGGAGCACAGAAUAGAUAUUUUAGAUUAUAAGCUGAAAAAACAACAGGAAGAAACCGAUAGGAGAAAAUUUGCAAAAGAAAACGGUCUUACAGUUUCGUGUCAAUGCUGCUUCGUGGACGACCUAUUGCCUGAAGAAGUGUAUUCAUGUACCAACGAUUAUUGUUUUUGUGGGGAAUGCAUCAGAAAGAGCUGCGAAAUGAAAUUUGGUGAGAAAGACAUUCAGUUUCCGUGUUUGGCGGCCUGUGGGUCGCAAUUUGCGUGGAAAACGCUGCAGGCGGCGCUUCCACCUACACUAUUUUCGACACUAUCACAGCGUUGCACGGAAUCUGAGAUAAGGGCGGCAGGACUUAAAGUUGACAGUUGUCCAUUCUGUAAUUUCACCAACACCAUCGAUGAGCGAUAUACGUUGUUCCAGUGUUUUAACCCCAAAUGUAUGAAGGAGACAUGUAGGUUAUGCAAAGAGCUCAACCACCUUCCGUUGCAAUGCGAUGAGGUUGAGAAGGACGAAGAUGUCAAAGCACGUGUCCACGUUGAAAAUAAGAUAACCGAUGCAAUAUUGAGAACAUGCUACAAAUGUCAGAGAAAGUUUAUCAAGGAGGAGGACGGCUGCAACAAGAUAACGUGCAUAUGUGGUGCGCUGUCAUGUUAUGUCUGCAAUAAGCCAGUGACAGGGUAUGAUCACGUUAAUGGACUUGGAGGCAGUCAGUAUGAGAAGUGCCCGCUGUAUGUCGACAUGAUAGCAUUGCAACAAAGUGAACUUACUGCGGCAGCUGAUGAAGCGAAGAAGCAAGUUGAUCCCAACAGGUUGAAGUUUGAUCCGUCAAUUGAUCUUGACAAAUACUUUAACAUAAACGACAGACUGCCGUGCAACCAAGAUGGAUGCAGGAACCAAUACCACCUCCAAAUCCAAGAGAACCCGAUGUACCAAGACAACGACGAACGAUGUUACCUGCUCAACAACAGCGGGACGAGCCUAGGGCUGCUCAAGAACACUUGAACGUACCAGCAGUUCAAAACAUAAGAAUACCUCGCCGGGCAACGCCAUAUAUAAAUCGAGAUCAACCGCAAGCGCCACGACGUGUUCGUCA